AUUAGCAUUCAGGCCUUUUUAUUUGUGUGGCAAAGAUUUUCGGCGUGAAUGUUACACUAAUGAAACCCAAGGUUGUCAACCAUGUGCUAUUUAAUAUUCAUUUGCAUCGUAUUGGCUAUGACGAUGAGAAAUGGAUAUUUCUCUGCUUUCUUGAUAUGUUUUGUUUUCUAAAUCUGCGAAAAGCGAAAAUUGGUUUUCAUUUUGCUGCUUUGUCCGACUACUUUUGUGCACCAUUCAUCUAUUGAAACGUACUUUUUUGUGCUUUUUUUUCUAUUGGGUUUUUGUCAGUUCGACUCUAAAAGAUUUGCAUUUGAAACUUGCGUCCACGUGCCGAUGGAUAUUCAUUAAUUAUGGUAGCUGUAGUUUUGGCUGGGUGGUUUUUGGCAUCGUUUUCUUUCUUCAGUGUUCGACGUGGAAGGGUUUAGACCAAAAUGGCGCCCACAGAAAACGGGCCACUCUCUUGGAAGGGGAGGGGGCUAAUCGCAAGAGAAUUAAAACUAUAAAUGUUUGAAACGAGCUAAAACUUGGUCACGAGUGCGUCCAUUUUGUUUGUUUUUCAAGUUAGCCUUCAUCACAUUCUGCUACACCCCGUUUUCAGACAAUUUACGAUAGUUUUUCCACUUGUUUUUCAUUUAUCUUGUUUGGGCUUCACGUGCGAAUUGUUACGGCCAUACGUUUUUUGGUUUUGUUUUAUCCGCGAGAUGUCAGGCCGUUUGCCACAUUUGGGUCGCACAACAAUUGGCGCGUUUAUGGCCGUCUUCAUAAUCAGAGGGUAAACAAAUUAGUCUAAGAAAGAAUUGGCUGUUUUAUGCAGAGACGGACGGGAUGUUAACGCGAAGGCUUCUGUUUGGGAGGGUGGACUUGCCAGUGGUCGAUAAGAACGAGCUAACAAGGUCUUGUGUUUCCCUCCUUUUUUUUUUGUCCGACAAUCCGAUAUUGUGUAACAGUUGAUUUUUCUUUUUCUCUCUCUCUAUGAAUCGGACUCGUUUUCAUUCCCGCCUUCCUUUUCGUCGCAUUGUUUGCCACCCCUUCUAAAUAAAUAAAAGGAAAAGUCGAGAACAGCCGCCAACUGAAACGAUGGACACGGACAGGGAGGGUUUGUGACGUUGUUGUUGCGCCCAUUCCAACUUGACAUUGCCAAUUAUGGGAAAGCCAGAGUUGAAAUUGAGAUGUCCUGUAAUGAGAAUGAUGAGAUGAUGACUCAUCACCAGUACAGAGAAUGCCUCAGUAGAUUGUUACGAGCCGUCCGUUUCCCACGACCCGCCAACUUACCGGCCGGUCUUUUCGUUCUAAAGCGUUUCAAUGUAAACGCAGCUGCUUGCACAACUCGAAUCGAUUAGAGCCGUGCCGUCGGUUUGAUAUCGUUGAAACAGACAUGGUCCUGUGUUGUACAAAUAAACUGCGAUGCGCAUGACCUGAUCGAUUCGUUCAGUCAAGUCGAUGAUCUUGAAUUUCGUUGAUACUUUUCUUUCUUUUAUCCGUGAAAUGCGACUUUUGGCCAUGUAUCACACCUCAUCCGCAGCCUACAUCUAUUAUUCUAAUGAACAUUGCUUAUGUUUGUUGAUUGGUCGUGAUCCGUCCUCCUGUCGCGUUCUGUUUCCUUUGAGCUGGAAUUUCUGGGGCAUAGUCGCCCCGUACCCCACCCUGCGUUGGGUAUUGCAUGAAAUGAUGUACAGCUCUGUAGCGCACAUCGAAUUCACGAAAGAAAAAGGGGGCACCUAUUUUGCUGCUUGUCUAUAGGCUGCAACAACGAAUCCAUACUUUCAUUUUCCCCACCUUUUUGUCGAUAUCCGGUUGCUGGAACGCAAUUUUGUCCACUAGCUGGAUACAUUUUUGUUGUUGUAAAUUUAAUGAUGGGUGGGAAAGAGAAACUUGUGGCGCUCAGUCUUCGUUUCUUGUUUCUUAGAGUGGGCGGAUUGAACGAGAUGAGAUGUGUUGGUUAUGCAAAAGCAAAGCCAGUGCCAGUCUUUGCAGGUCAUCGAUCUGCACUUUGUUGUUGUUUCAAGACGAACAGCGUAUCUUGCUGGAAUUGUUUGUUUUUCUUUUGUUGUCGUUGACUGUGCAUCAUAUUUUGAAAAGUAUAUUGAGAGAAUGUCAUCUCUUUUAUGUCUCCAUACAACACAUCAGUAUGGAGUUUCGCCGUAUCACCGUCUUUGUUUUUCUCGUCGUCAUCGAUUGACGGCAUACGCAAUCGCCAUGAGUACCGCAGUCUGCUCACGGCUUUCGAUUUUUGCAUUUCGUUUCAUUUCGUUUGGUUUCUUUCCCUUCUGAUUGAAUUUCAAAUGACACGAAUCUCUAAAGCGAAAAGCACGUUGGACCUAUUAUAGUACAGUAGCGUCAUUUCCUUCGACAACAAUUUUAUUGCAUCUGCGUGCGGCAGGUUUACGGUAUUUGCUUUUAGCAGUUAAAUGCCUAUAUGUGAUCAAGUGUCUGUUUCGGGACUGGCUACUUGGACGUGUCGUUUAGGUCCACCUAUUCCAAUGAAAAUGCACAGUGUAGGCUAAAGCUGUUGCUAGUCCUAGCUGCAGUUCGGCCCAACUUUGACAAAUGUUUAUCCUUUUAAUGCUGCGUCCAUCGCUCUGUCAUGAUGCAACUGCGACUCUUUUGGCACACACACAAAAACGAAGAGCGGGGGAAGGAAAAGAGGCCGCAUUUUAAGGAUUCCGAGUAGGACUGCGCAUUCAUAUUCAGAGAAAUCUUUUAGACUCUUUUUUUUUGUUGCGAGUAUCUCAAGCCACUCUAUUCCGCACCAUCCAGCUGCUUAAUAGUGUGUCUGCGUGUGAGAGAAUGUUGCCUCCCCUCACUUCUUAUAGCCUUGAAAUGUCGGAUGGAUGGCCUAUCCGUCGUCUUUCGUUGCCUUUCUUAUAUCUGACGCGAUGCAGCAGCAGCCGUCCAUCCUUCCAUUUCCUUCUCGUUUUUUUUUCUUUUGACACGAAAGCCAUGCAAUUAUUUGGUAUUGCUAUAUACCAUGCGACUGUGUGCAGCGACACACGCGAGAAAGGAGAAAAUGUCCCACCGCGCUGGAUGUCUUCUUUCAAUCUUUGUUUGGGGUAUUCGGCUUCCUUUUAAUGAAUUGAUCGAUAGAAUUUCGAAAACAAUCCUUUUUUUGCCGCCGUCAUUCGCAUGCCCGAGCUGGUGGAGACGACGUGGAAUUGUUUUAAAGGGUUCAAUUCGAACCAAGUUGCGUUUUGCAAGAAAAUCGUCGCCCAACAAGUGAAUUAAAAACUUGUGAAAGCAGCAAAGGCUAUGGAUCCUAACUUAACAGAGACACACGCGGGCGCGCGGAAGUUUGAACUGUAGACGAGUGCAUACAAGUUUGACUAUUUGACGACAGUUGCUCUCGUCUAUUAUUUUUACUGGGCAGCAGUUAGUCAAAGCGGUUGGUCUGGGCUUCGUUCAAGUUGAGCUCAACUCUGUUGGACAAAACUUUGGCGCCUGACGUCGGUUUCCACAUCAUUGACGAUGAAAUCGCUUCAUUUCAAAAUCAAAACGAUUGAAUGAUUCGACUUAUUUUGUUGGCAGUUUUUCUCAAACACGCCUUGCAAACUAUGCAAGGCCGUUGUUGAAUGGCAACCGAACGUGUCCAUUUGGUUUAUUUCUAUACCGUGUUUUAUCGAUCUGAGGACUGGGCACAAGUUGGCGACAUUAUUCACGUCCACUCUGUCGCAAGUUGGUGGCUGCUGUCACACAAGUUUUUGUGUUUUUCUUCUUUUUGACGUUGGACCAACAUCUCCUGCUGUUUGUUGGUGUCUCUUUUAUUUACUGCGCCCGGGGAACGAUGGACGAAAAAGAGCAAUCGCUUUGUUCCGUUUAGUUUUCCGUUGAAAGGUGAGAGGUGAAACGAGUGCAGCAGAAUGCGCCAUCCGUUUUUUUUCUCGUCUCACAUGGGAUCUCCAUUGCGCCCAGAAUAGGCUCCUUUUCUCUACUUUUUUUAAUGUACGACUACCUUUUGAAUUAAUCAAAUUUUACAGCCUGUCUUGCAACGCCCUUUAAAAAAAAGUUUUUCCUCGUUUUGUUUUACAAAAUGCCGGUCGAUUCAUCGCAGCUCUAUUAAAUAUGUAAAAUGUCAGAAUAACUUGCGAAAUAAGCCUCUAGCUUUUGAUCUUUACUUGGUUCUUUGAUUUAAUCAUUUUCCUUGUCUCCUUGUCUGUUUCUAAAAGUGUCGAGUGCUGCCGUCGUUCUACUUGUCGAUAGACGCAGUGCAAGGGCUCGGGUUCAUUCGCUGCACUUUUCCUUCUCUACGUAGGGCUCGUAAUAUAUCGACUCACAAAAAAACAAGAAAAUGGCACCGUAUGCCUAUCAGUGAAAUCAAGUCCUCCGUGAUGUACAGAUCGGACUUGUAUUACUUUGUCGCACCUUUUCGCUUUGCUGUAAAAAGUCAUUUCGACAGCCAUUUUCGCUUGCACGUCAAUUUAGAAAAGAGCCAAGGAAAAUUGCCGUACAGUCGCUAAUUAUAUUAACCGCCAAAAGUCGUUAUGUAAUCCGACGGCUGUACAUGAACCAAGAAACAAAUCCAGGAGCAAUGCGCAUCGUUUCUGUUUUUUAAAAAUAUAUUGGCACUCGAUGGGCGAACAGGAGGAGAGCUGCGCUGGCGCAUUGGACUCUUUCGGUUCGUUCUCUUGCUCUCCUCCUCCGCCGCCGCACUAUCCUACACAAGUUGUGUGUGUGUUGUAUAGUUCAACAGUGUUUUGUGUUGCUCGGUCUCUCUCUCAAACACACACACACACACAGAGAGAGAGAGAGAGAGAAGAGCUUGUGAGAGUUGUAGAACAGUAACCAUUUUCUGGGUGGCUCUAUCCGAGCGAGUGCUGCUGCGCUGCGAGACUCGUACCGGCAUACACAUACACACACACACACAUAUACACGCACAGACGGUUCGGCUUCUCUUUAGUCCCAGUGCCGCAUUAGUCCGCAGUGCCUGACUCGACAUCGCUACGGGAAUAACGUCGUCCGUCGCUCGAAAUUUAUUUAUUAGCGCACGAAACGUUCCCCGUUCUUUUCUUUGGUUUUGUUUUGUUUUGUUUUAUUUUCAAUCCACCCCCACCAACCUUUCCAAGUAGUCCGCCUCCCACCAGCACCACCACCGCCAGGUAGAUCCCGUUGAAGGGAGACUAGCAAAAUAGACGGGACCAUGUCUAGUAAAAAGAGGUUUCCAAAUAGUUCCCACCAGCGGCAGUUGUCCUGUUUAAUCGAUGCGCCAAAGUGUCGUCUCUUCAUCGUCUUAUUCUGAAAGGAAGCACCGCCGGGUGGCGAGUCUUUUUUCAUCAACGGCCCCGGCCAAUUGUUUUGUUUUCCCUCCCUCUUUUUUAAAUUCCUCAAUUGGAUGGAAACGAGAACAAGGAGAGGGAAAGCGAGGGGCAAUGUCUUUCAUCCGGCGUCCCAUUCGUUUAAACUUUGGAUGUGAUGUGUGCGCGGUUAACGUUGUAGCGUCCGUCGUCGUGUUGUGCACCUCAGCGUGUCUUGGCAGGAGGGGGGCAUCCAUCUGCAAUUCGGGCAAAAGUGAAAUUCUCGCCGGAUGGCCUUUACGUCAUCGUCUCGCCUACAGGUCGAUCGUUGCCUAAAAAAAAAGUUGUUUAGCGAAAUGAAGAGAUUCGACCCUUUUCGUUGGACUGUCCACCAUCAAUAGAGGAAGAAGAAGAGGCGAACGAAAGGUCACGCGAUAUCACGACUAGUUGAACGCAUCCGCUCGUCUGUGAUUGCCGAUCAAAAAGUCGGGCAGAAGCUGAUUGAAACAACUCGAUUCCCUUUCCGCAUGUUGAGCCUACACUUUGCCAUGCCAUCCGAAGGAUAACGACACACACUCGUCGCGCAGUGCCAGUGUGUGAGUGAAACGAGCCCAUGACUUGAUUCCGCCAACUGUGAGGCGAUUCGACACUGGGAACAGUUUGAUGGUCGCCAUUUCCUCCUUUUGAGACUCUUCUUUUUGAGCUCUCCCAGCUUCACCAUGGCAACCGGAAUGCUGGAACGAGAACAGAUUGAACCCAAAAGAAUUGCAAUAAACGGUCGACAAUAACAUCAAAAAACAUUUCCAUCCAACCAACCAACCCCCCCCAGAAAAGAAUAACGAAACCAAAAGAAAGGCAAAGAAAGAAAGAUGGAAGUGACGCAAUUCAAAAAGAGAUGCGAUCCGGCGGACAAAGAUGAUGAGAGAAUGGAGCGGCUUCGAGACGACGAAGAGGACGAUCCAUCUUUUGUCGUCAUUUUGAACAAUCCGUUUUGGGCGCGGUCGACGGAUGAGCAAAAGCCGCACUUGACGGUCAAAUCUGCUCCCCACCGCCGCCUCCGCCGCUUCCGCCGCUUCACCGCCUUUUGUUUCUUCGAGUGGCCACAAACCGCGUCAACGUCCUCCUCCUCCAGUCGUCACGUCGUCGCAAUUGUUGUCCGAACAGCUGCCCGCAGAUUGGGCCGAUUUAUUGGCCAUAUCGAUAAGAUCACCUUGCGGCACUUGGCCGCCGGAAGGGACGAGUGAGACGGCCGAAACGACCAAGAAAACGACCAGGACGAGCCGGCAAAGUAGCGGCGCAAGUAGUCGACGUGGUCCACUGGUCAAACAGAAGAAACAUCACUGCCAAUCUGUUGAAGAUCUUUUAUCGGCCGCUGCAUCUUCGUCUCCUUCUUCCAGCCAUCCAUUGCCAUCAACGUCGCCAUUGCCGCAAGAUGCAACUGGCCGCGUCUCAACAGCAGCGGGCCGUGCGGUGCCGUGCAGCUGCACGUGCCCACCUUCGUUUCAUUCGCAACACGCAUCAUCAUCUUCUAGUUCAUCUUCUUCAUCUUUAUCGUCCGUCAUGCCCGUUGUUGCCCCUCCACCACCAGCAGCAGCAGUGACAGGACGACGAACUUGCAGUUUCGAAGAGCCGGCCAGUGAUCGUCAUCAUUUGAAACCGUCGUCUGGCGGUGGCGGCGGCGGUGAUGUGCGUACGAGAUCUCCGUCGGUGGCUGGCCGGGUCAGUGUCUGUGAUGUGGUGGCUAAUAGCAGUGCGACGGGCCAAAGUGGUGAGCCGGCCAACCGAAAUCGAAUGCCAAGUGGAGGUGGUGGUGGUGUUGGUUGCGUUAGCGUCGGCGGCAGUGUAGGAGGAACAACAGGAGCCGGCGGAUUGCGACAGUCUCGCCAGCAGAGCGUGGAAUCGCGUGGCAGCAGUUCGAUACCGACGGCCACCCUAUUGGCUGGCCACCAUCGCCAGGUCGUUGCAGGAGGUGCUAGUGGAGGUGGUGGAGGGGGUAGUAGCAGUAACGGCAAUAGCAUCAGCAAAACGGGGCCGAUCGAAGACGGAGCCCCGCUACCGGCCGCCUUCGAGCCCGUGCCGCUCAAUUUGUACGGCAAACCUCUGCAGGAAAUCGAUCCCACCGUCCGAGACAAGACGUUCGUGGUGGUGUCUAAUCGAUUCCGCAAGAAUUACAUCCACCGCUUUUCAGCUUCGCGUUCGUGUUUCUUGUUUUCGCCGUGGAAUCCGCUGCGACGCAUCGCCAUCUACUUGUCGACGCAUCCGUAUUUUGACUACGUCGUCAUGACGACCAUCCUGCUCAACUGCAUCUUCCUCGCCAUGACGGAACCCGUCGAACAGGCCGAGUACGUGUUCCUCGGCAUUUACUCGUGCGAAAUGGUGAUCAAAGCCGUAGCCAAAGGCCUCGUUCUGGACCGUCUGACGUAUUUGCGCAGCCCUUGGAAUUGGCUGGACUUUGUCGUCAUUCUGUCCGGCUACGCCACAUUGGCCGUCGAGAUCGGCAAUCUCGCCGGAUUGCGAACCUUCCGCGUACUCCGCGCACUCAAAACCGUUUCCAUCAUCCCAGGUUUACGCACCAUCAUCAACGCUUUGCUCAAAGCCAUGCGCCAGUUAAUGGAAGUCAUGAUGCUGAUCGUCUUUUGCCUCAGCGUCCUGGCCCUCUUCGCCCUGCAAGUGUUUAUGGGCGAGUUACGAAACAAAUGCAUCCGCCACUGGGACCCCAAUGCCACCCAACUCAACUGGCACACAUGGAUCCGGGAGGAAGAAAACUGGCUCAGGGAAGAAACGGGCAGUUUUCGUUUGUGCGGUAACCUGACGGGCACUUGGCACUGCCCGAGCGACCACGUCUGUUUGCCCGGCUUGGGCAAUAAUCCCAACUUUGGUUACACCAAUUUCGACACGUUUCCGUGGUCGAUGCUGACCACUUUUCAACUGAUCACGCUCGACUAUUGGGAGAACAUUUACAACAUGGUGUUGGCCGUUUGCGGGCCGUACACGAUCGUCUUCUUCAUGAUUGUCGUCUUUUUUGGCGCCUUUUACCUCAUCAACCUGAUGCUGGCCGUCGUCGCCAUGAGCUACGACGAUGAAGCGGGAUCCAACAAUCAGGAGAAAAUCAAGACGCUGACCGACUACCGAGAAGAGUCGACGUUCAGCUUCGAUCCGGGCAAGUUGCCGCUCGUCUUGCUCGAAAAGGGACACCACGCGGACCAGGCGCGACAAAAGAAAGCCAGGAUGGAUGCCAGGAUGCUGGCCAAUCGGAAUCAUCUGUCGGGCAUCUCCGGCAUGAUGGAUGAAGACGACCAAUCGCCUCCCCGACAACAUCCUCACGUGGCCGACUUGGUCUGGGCCUUGGCCAAAAGCGAAGCUGCCAAAUUGGAAGCCGCCAAACGGGAAGUGUCUUGCCAUAAAUUGGACGCAGCAUCAGGUGAUGGCCCUCCGCUCGUCAUCUCGGUCCAUCAGACCGCAACGACGCCGCCGCCGCCGCCGCUCAUGGAGGUGGCCAAGGUCAAAACGACACCCAACGAGCGGCGGCGGCGGCCUGCAGUCGUGACGACGGUAGCCAAAGAAGAAGAAGAAGAAGAACCGAUGAGUUUCAACCUGGACAUGACCCAAUUCAACUGUCCCCCUCCUCAACAACAACAACAACAACAACAACAAAAUUGCGUUUACGACGCGGCCAAUGUGAACCCGAUCAAACAUUGCGACAUUGACCCUUUAGCGGAUGGCUGCGUCCUGUUCCAGUCGACCCAUUUCGCCAGCUCGUUCAACACGGACGUCGGCUACUCGUCAGAGACGUCACGGGCGCCCAGCUACCCGAGCUCGGUCGUCUUUAAGCGGCGCACCUACACGACCAACAAGAGCAUUUCGCAAAACUAUUCGAGCUUGACGGAGAGCAUCGGCAGUCAGCCGGCCUGCGACCUGGCCACGCUCGAAGGCGGCCUCAUGGAGCGCAGUGGCCGAUCGCCGGCGACGACAGAUAAAGCGGCGUCGUUGCCUAGCAACGGCUCCGAUCCUCGUCGCCUUUCCUACAAACGGGCGUGUGAUCCCGACAAGAGAUUCUCGUUGGGUUUCGACUCGAUGACGAGGCUGUCGGCGUGCGAUUCGGCCCACGAUUUGAGCGUCAACAGCGCCGGUGUUUUGAUCGGAGGCAGCCAGCAGCAGGUGCUGACGGCUGCCAAAGUGGACGAUUCGAAACGCAAGGGCAAAGAGGAGAGACGCUUGCAAAAGUCGAGACAGCCGAGCAACGAUCCGUCGUGUUCGUCUUCGACGUCGUCAGGCCGCCACCACCACCACCAGCACGGGACGGAGGCAACGGAGACGGACGAUCGAUGGCUGAAGCGCAGACAAAGUUAUCAGAAAUCAUCGAAAGGCAAUCACAAUCACCGGAUGAAUCAUCUUGGCCAUCAGGAGGCGCCGCCAAUCGGUGAGCAGAACGGCGCACGUCCAGACGAGCCGGCCAUCUUCAGUUUGGAAUGUUACCUGACCUGGUUGCGAACCUUGCGCUCCAUUCUGCAGCGCGUCAUUCAGAGCCCCUGGAUCGACUUUGUCAUCACGAUCAGUAUCGUUUUGAACACGGCCUUCCUGGCGGCCGAGCAUCACGGCAUGAGUCCCGACGUCAAACACGUCCUCGACGUGGGCAACAAGGUUUUCACUUCGGUUUUCACGACCGAGUGUAUACUCAAGAUGGGCGCCCUGGGCACGGAUUUCUUCCGCAACGGCUGGAAUGUCUUUGACUUUGUGAUCGUCCUUGCCUCGCUCGUUGAUCUUGGCCUGGAAAUUGUUAACGGCCUUUCUGUCCUGCGUGGCAUGCGAUUGAUGCGAGUGCUGCGUUUGGCUCAAUCGUGGACCACAAUGAGAGUCUUGCUCUCCAUCAUCCUGUCGUCACUGGGAGCCCUGGCCAAUUUGACUUUUGUAUUGGCCAUCGUCGUCUACAUUUUUGCCGUCAUUGGGAUGCAACUCUUCGGACGCGACUACACGCCAGAGAAUUUCUACCCCGAUCCCGUUCCGCGUUGGAAUUUCAAGGAUUUCUUCCAUUCGUUCAUGAUGAUCUUCCGCAUCCUUUGCGGGGAAUGGGCCGAACCGCUCUGGGAUUGCAUGCGAGCCGAGAGAAAAUAUGUACAUGGCUCUGAGAUUUGCUUCUCCAUCUUCCUGCCGGCCCUAGUCAUGGGCAAUUUUCUGGUGCUUAAUCUCUUCUUGGCCUUGUUACUCAACAGCUUCAGCUGCGAGGAGCUCAAGUCACGCAAAGAGGAAAUCAACGAAGAUUCCAAACUGGUCGAAGGACUGAGAAAGAUCCGCACGAUCGCCAAAGCCACUCGGACGCUGGUCAAUUUGAACUCGUUCGAACGCAGCGAGAGCGUGGCCAGCAAACGCAUCCAGCUGGCCAGUCGGUCACCCAGCUGCGUCGCCCUGGCCCACAAUAGGCUGGCCACCCCCAAUGCCAACAUCAACGUUUCGCCGUCGAGAGCUCGAAGCGCGGCCGCAGGAGCCGUCAGUCUGGCUUGCAGUUUCGACGACAGCGUCAGUGUCCAGCUGCGAUCCGUCUACGGCUCUGCCGAGCAUCAACAGCAACGCGCCGUUUGGCCGUCUGAAACGAAAUUGGAGGCCAGCGGAUCGCAGCAGCCGCCGUUCGUUGUGCAGGAAACGCAGAAAGACGCCGACGAGGUCGAGUUUCAGGAGCCGAUCGUUCACGAACCGCACCACCACCACCACCACCACCACCACCGUAGCGGUGCGGAUAACAUCGCCGAUUGGAGCAUUUUGAUUCCGACCGUCUUGGAGGUGGUGCCACCUAUCGAAGCGGCCAAAUUGGCGCGAGAAGACACGCAUUCGAUCGUGUUGUCCGGUCAGGAGGAGAUGCCGGAAGAGCCUCCCGACUGCAUCCCGUCGUCGUUUCACGACAAGUGCUGCUGCUGCUGGCGCAAUCCUGGCUGCAGUUGGCUGGCCACACCGUUGUGCCGACGCUGGGUCGCCGGGCGCACGGCCCUCCUCCGGGUGGUCAAACACCCGGCCUUCGAGUGGUCGAUCCUCAUCCUGAUUUUCGGCUCGAGCAUCACCCUUUGCUUCGAGGACAUUUAUUUGGAGCAGAAUCCGUACUUGAUGAACAUCUUGCGCUGGACCAAUAUGGCGUUCGCCAUUCUUUUCGCCCUCGAGAUGAUCAUCAAGUGGUUCGCACUCGGUCUCAAGUACUACUUUUCAUCGGUGUGGACGGCCCUGGAUUUCGUCAUCGUCACGGUGUCGGUCAUUAGCGUGGCUGUCGAGGACUCGGCCAACUUGUCGGCCCUCAGGUCGUUGAGGACGUUGCGAGCCCUUCGACCACUUCGGGCCAUUUCUCGAUGGCAAGGCAUGAAGAUUGUCGUCAACGCGCUCAUGUUCGCCAUUCCGGCCAUCUUCAACGUGCUGCUCGUCUGUCUCGUCUUUUGGCUCGUCUUUUCCAUCUUGGGCGUGCAGCUGUUUGGCGGCAAGUUCUACAAGUGCAUCGAUGACGAAACAGGGGAACGCUAUUCGCCACAACUGAUCGAUACCAAGGUGGACUGUUUGAGCCGCAACUUGACGUGGACAAAUUCGCCCAUUCACUUUGACCACGUCGGCCACGCCUAUCUGGCUCUUUUCCAAGUGGCGACGUUUGAGGGUUGGAUGGAAAUCAUGGCGGAUGCGGUGGACGUGCGCGGAGUCGAUUUGCAGCCGUCGUACGAAGCCAAUUUGUGGGCGUAUCUCUAUUUCGUCGUCUUCAUCGUGUGCGGCGCCUUCUUCACGCUCAACCUCUUCAUCGGCGUCAUCAUCGACAACUUCAACAUGCUCAAGAAACGAUACGAAGGCGGAGUGCUGGAAAUGUUCCUGACGGAGAGCCAGAAGCACUACUACACGGCCAUGAAGAAGCUGGGACGCAAGAAACCUCGAAAGAUGAUUCGACGCCCCAUGAAUCCUUAUUUGGCCCUCUUUUACGACAUCGCCAUGUCGAGGCGGUUCGAGAUCGCCAUCUUCAUCAUGAUCUUCCUCAACAUGGUCGUCAUGGGUGUGGAACACUACGGCCAACCGCCCGUCUUUACCUUCAUUUUGGAGUUGUGCAACGCCCUUUUCACCACCAUGUUCGCCCUGGAGGCCGUUGUCAAGAUGAUUGGACUACGUCAUCAUUACUUCACGCUGCCGUGGAAUUUGUUCGAUUUGUGCCUGGUCUCGUGCUCGGUCGUCGGCCUCAUAAUGGAGGACGUUCUCAACGAGUUCCCCAUCUCGCCGACCUUGUUGCGAGUCGUCCGCGUCUUCCGGCUCGGGCGCGUUCUUCGUCUCGUCAAGGCAGCCAAAGGCAUCCGCAAACUUCUGUUUGCCUUGAUCGUCUCCUUACCGGCCUUGUUCAACAUUGGCGCCCUGCUGGCCCUCAUCACCUUCAUCUACGCCAUCAUAGGCAUGGCCUUGUUUGGUCACGUCACCCAUUCGGGGGCCAUCAACGAGAUGGUCAAUUUCGAGACGUUCGGACGCAGCAUGUUGCUGCUCUUCCGGCUGAUGACGGGCGCCGGAUGGAACGACAUCCUCAACCCGUUGCUCAUCCAGCCGCCCUAUUGCGACAUCACCUACCAUAACUUGCCGUACGGCAACUGCGGCAGUCCCAUCCUGGCCACGCUUUAUCUCGUCUCGUUCAUCGUCCUCUCGUCCAUGAUCGUCAUCAACAUGUACAUCGCCGUGCUGUUGGAGAAUUUCAACCAGGCCCAUCACGAGGAGGAGCUCGGAUUGGGCGAGGAGGACCUCGAACGUUUCUACGCCAAGUGGUCGCGAUUCGAUCCUUAUGCCACGCAAUUUAUCGCCUUCGGUGAGCUGUCGGAUUUCGUGGCCAGUCUCGAUCCGCCGCUGGGCAUUUCUCGGCCCAAUAUGGCGGCACUCGUCAAUUUGGACAUUUUGAUCGCCAGCGGUGACCGCCUCCACUGCCUCGACAUCCUUCACGCUCUCACGCGUCGCGUUCUGGGCGACGUCGAAGACACGGAACAUUUCCGCAAGCUUCAAGAACAAAUGGACGAGAAAUUCAAAAAGCAAUUCCCCAACCGACGAGAAUUGGAAAUUGUUUCGUCAACGGCCAAAUGGAAACAGCGGGACACUGCCGCCCGCGUCAUCCAAAGGGCCUAUCAACUUUUCCUAAGACGCAAGUUGCUGGCCAGGAAGAGGAUGGAAGAGAUGCGCGGCCACGUUCAAACGCAAACUUCGUUCUCCAUCGAUUCGACCGAUUCCUCUUUUGCGUACGAACCGGAUCGCCUGUCGCUGCGCUCCGUCCUCAACCGCAUGUCGAGCCUCUUCCACACUUACCUGGGCGGAGGCGGACUGAGUCGCCAGAGUAGCAGUCGGUACGGCGAUUCUCCCAGUCCCAUUGGAUCGGUCGCAUCCGGUGGCGGCCAAGCGUCGCGCCAGAAUUCCACCCGUCGUCGCUUAGGGUCCGGUGCUCAUCCGCCAAAGAGUCGCCCUCACAGCACUUUACUCGACGUUUUGGUGCCCGGCUCCAGACGGUCCAGCAUUUGGUCGCUGGGAACGAUGGUCGUCUCUGCGCAGGUUCACAACGAAUGUUCAAAUGGUCAAAAUCACCAGCCGCAGAGCAACGGCCAGACGACGAGUUGCGGCAACCGGCGCGCUUCGUUGGCGAUGGCAGCCAGUCCGCCCGACAAUCACGCAGACGGUGGCAUGACGUUGCGCCACGGCGAAGUCUUUCCACCUCAGUCGUCGUCUUCGUCGUCGACGACUGGCGACAAUGGCGGGCCGUUCCUAUCGCCCCCACAGCAGCGAUCUGAUGUGAUAGUGAAAUUAACAGCCGCCAGUUUAGAUUCCGAUUUGAAUAUGUAAAUGUGUUGAGUAACGAGAAUGUAGGAUGGCGUGUAGACAUCUGUUGACAAAAAAUAGCAACAAAAAAACGGAUUUAAAAAAACAAACAAAAUGUAAUAGUUCAAUUUAAAAACAAUUUUCGGACCCCUUUCCUCAGAAUAGUUUAUUCUAAUGUGUAAACUAAUCGUUAAUAAUAUAGGACAAUUCGUUAUAUUCUAUAUCUCCAAUGUACAGUACGAUUGUUGUCCGAAUGGUGAAAAUCACAUUUUCAUUCUCUUCUCCUCUUCUUCCCUUUUUUUUUCAUUCCGUCUUUUAUCUCUUUCGAUUUAUCUCAAUUGAUUCCCUUUUCAUUUUCCUCAAAUUAACUAUAUAGCUCAUCUUCAAAUUCUACCUAUAUAGAUAUAUAAAUAAUUCUCUACUUCACCAUCAACAUCUACAUACACUUUUUUUUUUUCUCUCUCUAAUCUAAUCCACUCUUAUCUUUACAUUCUAUCGGCAAUUUUCAGUCUGAUUCUGACGGCGAACGAAGGGAGAAAAAAAAAUAACGAAUAUUAAAUCUAAGAUUUAAGACACGCCAAUGGAACGUUUUUGCUUUAGGGUCGUCACUGUUCAUUUGUGUGUGUGUAUGUGCGCGCGUGUGUUGACAUGAUGAAUUUAAAACAAAAAAACUUCCAAUCUUUUAAGAAAAAGAUUUCCAGAUCAACACAGUAUACAUUUAUAGAGUAACACGAUACAUCGUUGGGCAGCAGCAGUCAAUCAAUCAAUCAAUAUAAACCGAUUGCUUAAUAAUCAUGUUUUUCUUUGUUUUGGGAUUAGAUGAAAAUUUGCCGGGCGAUAAAACAUUUGCUUGUUGAUGUUGUUCUUGUUAUUUCUAGGUGAAAUAUUCCAACAACAAAAAAAAUAAAAUAAUAAUAAAAAAAAAACGUCUCAACACACUAAAUGAUGAUACUUGUGUUGUACUUGAGUGUAUCUAUUUGUGUACGUGUGUUACUGCUGCUGCUGCGCGAGCCCGGGAGGAAAUCAAUACAAUCGUAGGCCUUUGCGCAUCGUGA